AUCACAUGACAGAAAAUGAUCCGCAUAAAAGGAUAAACACGAGUGAAAACGUGUUGACAGUGUUGAAAAUGAGGAUUGCAGUUGUUAUUCUGAGUCUUCUGUCUCUGGGACAUUGUGUUCCAUUGGACAACUGUGAGACUCUGUUGAAACCAAUACCUGUCAGCCAUGAUGAAAUGCUUGCGAAGUGGCUGUACAUUGGUGGGACGUCUGAUCUCCCUGGAAGCAGGUCCUUGGCCCACCUGUUGACAAGCGUCUGGAUCGAGGCCCGACCAACAUCUCAGAGCAACAUACUUGAGCUCAUCCAAACUCAGAAAACAUAUGGACAUUGCUCCACCUUAAAGUAUAAUGUCACUUUUGAAAACAUACUUACUAUUGAAAAUCCAUUUUAUUUAAAAGAGGUGUAUCUUCCAACUGAUGAAUGCUCUGAUUGUCUGGCCAUCUACGAAACAGUUACAUCUGGGGAUGACACUUUUAAAAGUCUGCUCCUUUUCAGCAAAAGUACAACAGUGUCCCCUGCUGCUGUGGAGAUGGUAAAGAAACAAGCUGAUUGUCUGAAGAUGCCUUCACUUUUAAUGGUCAACCCAAAUGAGGAAAUGUGUCAUGAGGACCCAUCUCCUAUAGAAGGAUUACUAGCUCUCAAUAAAUAUCUGGAGGCCAAAACUGGACACUAUGUGGCAAAAGUCCUGGAUUCUAUUUUUGACCUUUUUAUCAACUAACUGUUCAGCUUGUACUCAGGUUUCCACAAUACACUGUGUAGUCAUUUAAUAAAUGUCAUAAA